ACACGGUUGUAACGACGAAUCACAGCGAGGUAUUUUCUACGCAGUAAGAUGAAAGCGGUGGUGUGUACUAAACGUUUGAAGAACGUCGCGUGGGGGAUGUGAAAAGUGUUUUUUUCACAACCUGUGACUAACUGGCCCGUUUUUUUUUUCUCGUCACGUUUCAUUGGAUACGUCGGGCGCUCAGCUGUGGUACGGGUAUGUGACGGCUGAAGAUGUUUUGAUAGUAAAGAUUCGUACGCGAAAUUUUCAACCGAGACACGAAGUGUCUUCCGUUCGAAGGCCGAAACAGGCUUUGUUCAGUGUAUCGGCGGAAAAACAAGCAAUUUAUGAUGGGGACAAGUUUCGGAAUAUCCCACGUCGAAGUUAUCGCGAUCGUUUAAUCACGACGUUGGGAUUAACGAACCGAACCACGUUGCCCGAGAAACGCAAAGCUAGAGCUGACGUUCCUUCAAAAUGGGGAAUUGUUUGAAACGCGCUGGAAGCGGUCACCAGGAUAAUACCACUUUGCUCAGUAACAAUACUGAUCCUCCUACGUUAACUAGCGGUUCUUUGCAAGAAGGCCUUGGACCUCCAAUACCUAACAAUGAGGCAGUUACCUUUUCCUAUGCACCAGUUUUCACAAGGGAACUUCAUCUUCAACAAAUUGGCAUCGGUGUUAAUCUAGGACCAGGUAGCGAAGAAGAACAACAAGUUAGAAUAGCAAAGCGCAUUGGGCUUAUCCAACACUUGCCUAUGAGAGAAUACGAUGGAACUAAAAAAGGAGAAUGCGUGAUAUGUAUGAUGGAGCUUCAAGUGGGAGAGGAAGUGCGUUAUUUACCCUGUAUGCACACUUAUCAUGCUGUAUGUAUCGACGACUGGUUGCUACGUUCCUUGACUUGUCCAUCGUGCAUGGAACCAGUAGAUGCAGCACUGAUUAGUUCGUACCAUCCAACCACUUAACACUAUGAAGAUGGGAAAUGGAAUAAAUAGCUAAUCGGUAAUCAAACAAUAUUAUUGCUGAACAGAAAAAUUGAAAGAAGAACCAUUAAUUUUAUUACCACGUAUAAUGGCUUCUAAUUAGCAAAGGGACCUUUUCUUGUUAAUGAUCGAUCGUAUUUGCCAUUGUAUCCACCAUACCUGCUCGUAUGCUAAGUAAUAAUAAUACUUGUAUUAUAAAAAGUUUCAAAUGUCUUCUACAUAGGUCAUUCCCUCUUACAGGGUAAUGUUCUACACAUGGAUCAUUGAUAAGAAGUAAAGUGUAUUUACGAUCAGAAAGCAAUCGCCAUAGUUGUUAAUUUUCUGCUAAAUCUAAAGAAUAGCUUUUCUUUCGUAUGGCUGCAAAAGAUACACUAUCUAAUGCUCGAAUUUAUGGAGCAACCGAAGAUGUGAGAUCUUGUUAAAAAUACUUUUGGUUGAAGGGAGUAGCAUCUACUUGACGUUGGUGAUUUUGUCGAGUAGUUAUAGCCAAUUGUAUGCAUUGUGAAUAUCAUAAGUAAUAUUAUGUAUCACAAAAAAAUAUCGUACUAUGUAUAUUUUCAACCAUAUUUACGAUGGUUUCAUGUUUCCAAAUACUAAAAACCUAUUUUCGGAAUAUAUCUUGUGGCAUAUAAAGUUAAUCUUAUUGUUUUUAAAUAUAA